AUGCUCUACUGUAUUUCUUCUUCUAUAUCCUGUCCCACGCUUGUCUGUCUGCUACGGUAUUAUGCCCAGCAGCCCAUGUUAAGUCUUAAUGAACUUUCCGAAAUUCUUCCUCUGCUAGCCCGCCUUCUUUGGGACCUUCUGCCACAAUUUUUAAUGGUGCAAAAGCAGAGCCUGAAGACCGCCACCUGCUGGAUAAGGAGCCCGUCGGCUAACCCUGUUUCAAUCCUCCACCUUUCAGGCAGCAGAAGCAGCUCUUCGAGCCGGGCAGAGGAUCGAAAUACUGAUCUAGAAGCGGCCACCAUCCCGGGUUCCCGUCUCCGAAACGGCUUCAGCGCCCGAAGCGGCCGAGCAUCGCGCCUAUCCGACCUCCUCUCUUCUCCUCCUCCUCCUCCGGCGACCCAAAGGAUGCUGGCCCCGCGAAGUCCCGGCAUCCCUCUCAGCCAAUCAGAAUCGCCCGGGAUUCCCUCGGCCGGCCCAGGCGGAUGCUGCGCCCACGUUGGGCCUAGGCAUUGGGUUCCGGCGAGCGGCUUGGCAGAUGGCUGGGCGCACAAGCCGCGGGUGGCUGUGACCUUGAGGACAGGAGGUGGUGGUGGUGGUGGGGCGGCUUGCCGGCUCUUGAGGGGAGACGGGCGCCAUGGGCAACGUCCCGCCGGCGCUCAAGCAUUGCCUCAGUUAUCCCCACCUCCUCAAGGAGCAGCUGGGGAUCAGCGAAGCAGCCCAGCAACCGACUGUUCUGCAACAGCCUGGGCAGUCCUGAACCUGUUUCUAGAAUUGCUUACAAGUGGCUUUCCUGAGUUCGUUAAAAUAGUGGAAGUUGGUCCAAGAGAUGGAUUACAGAAUGAAAAGGCUAUACUUCCUACAGAUGUGAAAAUUGAGUUAAUCGACCAACUUUCCCAAACUGGCUUGUCUGUCAUAGAAGUGACAAGCUUUGUUUCUUCAAAAUGGGUACCUCAGAUGGCAGAUCAUACAGAAGUAAUGAAAGGAAUAAAACGAUAUCCUGGAGUCUGUUAUCCAGUCCUUACUCCUAAUCUUCAUGGUUUCCAUUCUGCUAUAGCUGCUGGAGCAACUGAAGUGUCAGUGUUUGGUGCAGCAUCUGAGACUUUCAGUAAAAUAAAUAUCAAUUGUACUAUAGAAGAAAGCCUGGACAGAUUUGAGGCGGUAGUUAAGUCUGCAAGAAAUAUGGAUAUUCCAGUGCGAGGGUAUGUGUCUUGUGCAUUGGGAUGCCCUUAUGAAGGAACUAUUCCUCCAGCUAAGGUUGCUGAAGUCUCAAAAAGGCUAUAUAGUAUGGGAUGCUAUGAGGUCUCUUUGGGAGAUACCAUUGGAGUGGGGACCCCUGGCAGUAUGAAGAGAACACUGGAAUCUGUUAUGAUGGAAGUUCCAUUGUCCGCUGUGGCAGUGCAUUGCCAUGACACCUACGGCCAGGCCUUAGCCAAUAUUCUUACAGCUUUGCAGAUGGGAGUUCAUGUUGUGGAUUCUUCUGUUUCGGGUUUAGGAGGUUGCCCUUAUGCGAAAGGUGCCACUGGAAAUGUAGCCACAGAAGAUGUGAUAUACAUGCUUAAUGGCAUGGGAAUCAACACAGGUGUGGAUCUUUACAAAGUUAUGGAAGCUGGCAACUUCAUCUGCAGAGCUUUGAACAAGAAGACCAAUUCUAAAGUUGCUCAAGCUUCAUUCAGUAAUUGA